UGGAAUGUGUGAUCUUGUUUUUGUAGCUGUGACAUCUGGUUUAACUCGCACGUCGAGGCAAUGCUAAACAUUGAAUGGAUUAUUCCUGGCGAGAAGAUCUGUAUCGAAAUGUCCUGUUUACAUAAUUGGGUGUCAAAUGAACCAAACAUUGAUAACAGUGUUAAUUCUACCGCAUUUCAAGGAGUAUCUCUACAGAUUUCAGUGUGUAAAUGUGUUGAUUAUAGUUCUUUAUAUAUAUUCAGAUCCAAGGUCUAGGUCAAAUCCAAGAUGGCGACCAGGGACGGCGUGGUGGUGCCCGUCUACAUUUUGAUGAUAAUAUUUGGGGUGUCUGCCUGGGUGGACCUCAACGGUUUGUGGGUGGAGCUUCCCAUCAUGGUCCAGGAGCUUCCAGAGGGGUGGAAUCUACCCUCGUACAUUGUUGUUGUCACACAGCUUGCAAACAUUGGACCAGUUAUUUAUAGCUUACUGUGUUCGAACCGUUUGUCGGAAAAAUUGGUCAUAUUCUUCAUCAUUGGCAUCGGAGUCUUAACGUGUCUUCUGAUGGUGUUCUUCUGGAGUACAACUACCAUUGUUGCCGGAGCUCCUCACAGCACCGCCAUGUUCAGUUUGAAUUUUUUAGUUUCUCUUGUGGACUGUACGUCCACCGUCGUCUUCUUUCCCUUCAUGGUAACGUUUAAACCGGUGUACAUGGUGGCCUACUUCAGCGGAGAAGGUCUCGGUAGUCUCCUUGCAGGGUUAUUAGGACUCGCUCAAGGAGCCGGUAGUAUUGUCUGCCGCAAUAUUACAGAAUACGUCAAUACAACCGUCAAUACGACGGAGUCGUUAGAAGCCGUGUCAACCAUAACAGCUACGUACGAAGAUAUUAAUUUCUCAUUUGAGGUUUACUUUGCCAUCAUCACUGGCAUCAGUGUCCUGUCUGGGGUUGCCUUCACCUUCCUCGUCUUCCAUCCACGUUGUAAAAAGGAGCAAGUUAAACAAACACAAACACAGAAGGACAAGAAUCUGAAAAAACCCGAGUCUCAAACAGCUAUACCCGACGACAUUCCGGUGGAUCAAAAGAAUAUGGAACUGUUGAAUAUUGAAAAGAAACACCCUCCGGAACCGAUUGGGAAAGACGUCAAUGACGACACUUCCAGUUGUAUGGUGACGGCUGUCAGUGAAGAAGUUGUUACAAGUGUGAAGAACAAUACCUGUGACGUAAAGACAAUGACUAGACUCCAGUACAUCCUUUCACUUCUAUUAACAGGUUGGGUGAACUGUUUGAAGAACUCGGCGCUGCUGGCAGUUCAGUCCUACUCUUGUCUACCCUACGGUGUAACCCAGUACCAUCUGGCUGUAACUCUCGCAAACCUAGCCAGUCCAUUGGCGUGUUUCUUUGACCUUUUCGCAUGUCACUACCGUUCCUGCGCUGACCUCCUGACUCUGCUGGGAUCUCUUUUCGGGGCGUACAUCAUGGCGGCUGCUGUUAUGAGUCCGGUUCCAGUUCUUGUAGGAACAUUGGCUGGAUCAAUCUUGAUUGUGUCAGUGUGGGUGGUCUGCAUCUUCAUCCUCACCUACGUCAAGGUGUCACUGGCGUCGCUCUUCAGGGUGGAAGGCAAGAAAGGCCUGCUUCACUGCGGAGUAGCAACACAAGUUGGCUCCGCCAUUGGUGGCGUCGCCAUGUUUGUUUUUGUCAACAUAUUUAAUCUCUUUCACAUUGUCGACCCUUGCUAGUAAAUCAUUUACUCAAGGCUUGAUUUGUGGAUUUUACGGCCGCUGGAGUUGCUGUACUCCAUUUUGGUAGGAAUAUGAUAGGAUGUGAUUGGAAUGAACACCAUGAACAUCUCUUUUGUGAACACACAUUUGUUGUGGUUUUGUGACGUUCAUCUUCAUAAAAAUCAUAAACGGUCCAUUUACCAAGAGUUAUCCUUCGAGAAUUAAAUAUCAGUUGGAUGCUUUCUGGUCAUUAUACAGGUAGUGUUGUGCAUUACUCAUAAUACAACAUUUGAUUGUUA